AUCUUUGAGUAGGUCUUAUUUUUAACUACUAUCUUUCUUUGAAUAGCUGUUCCUAGUCAAAGGCUGAAUAUAAUUUUGUUAUUGUUUAGACCGAUAGUUUCAAGAUAAUAUCUGCAGAACUGUAUUUUCAGAUGUGGCAGUAUAGGGUACUACCAAACAUGCGUUUCUUCUCUGACACAAAAACAAUGGAGACCCUUAUUCCCAUUAGCAUUUUGGUUUUUAAAGACAAAAAUCAGUAUUUAUUCAGUAAAAUCUGUAAUUCUUUAAAAACUCUGGGUUUGAGGGUUUUUUUUCCUAUCUAUCUUUAUUAUUUUAAAAAGGAAAUUUAAUUUUUGUGGAUAAGUCAGGUUGUGGUGUGGGUUUUUUUCAGAGUGGGCUGUCCUGAAACUGGAGAGAAGGGAACUUUGAAAAUGAAACUUAGAUUUUGGUUGGUGAGAAGAUGAAAAUCAAAAAUACAGAGAAAUAAAAUGCAAUUAUGAAGAAAAUAUUAUUUUAACUCACUAACGAACUAAAGAAUAAAAAUUAUUUGUUUUACAAUACGCAUCAGCUUCUUUACAUGUGUCUCACUAUUUCAUCUUUUGAUGAGUACUGAUAGUAAACAGAUAUCUUUAUGCUGGCCAGGAGCAUUGGCUUACUGAUGGAGUUGGGGGGAAGAAUUCAUCUGUAAGUCCACCCAGCAAGGAAGUUGCAUUGUUUAUUUAAAGGACUCUAAAUUAAUUUCAGAAAAGUUACCCUCUGUUAAACACUUCCAUCUGAUAUUGCUCAGCAAAGAGAUGUCAGAAGUUAAAUGGCCUUCUUUCGCAAAGUUUUCUUUUACUUUCCCUGCUUGCUAAGUCUGCUCAUAAAAAAUUCAUUAGCCUGAACCUACUCUUGAAAUUCCAUCUGUGUCUGUUCUGUGUAAGUUGUAUGCUCUGUCAUGCUGAUGUGGUCUAAACUAGUUGCUGGAGCUGCCAGUUGUAGUUCCUUGGUAAUUCAUUGGUGAUCCUCUUCACUUUUAAAAGGUAGUUUCCUGGAUCAUAAUUGUUUUCUGUUUAAAGCUGCAUUAAUGACAAGAAUUAACAAACUGGUUAAAUAGUUCUUGCUUGUUGCAGUAGGAACAUAUUAUUAGAAAUUGAUUUAAUCUUCUUUUGCAAAACAUUUAAUAAUUACUUGCUCUGUAUAAACAAUGUGAUAUUUAUUGUACAGUAUACUGGAUUGCUGAAAGGCUUAAUACUUCACCUGUUGACAAGAACCUCACACACACACACAAAAACACACUAUUCUGUAGUUUUCAUUUUUACUGGUUGUUUUGUGGACUGUUGUUUUAUAUCAUAUCCUGAAGUUAUUGCAUUGGCUUUAUUAAUUCAGUAAUAUCCAUUCAUCUGUAUUCUUAAGGCCUGCAGGAUCAUAACAUGCUUUAUGUAUAAUUUCAUUUUCUUUCAUGUAAUUUUGAGAAAAAAAUCUGUGCUAAACUUUGUUCUACUCCAUCUGAAUGUUGUCUUAUGUGGUACAACAAUUUAAUAUUACUUCCAUUCUCAUUUUCUUUAGCUUAGAGUAGUUUGGAAUUUCUCCUAAGGACCAGCAAGAGUUGGUGAAGAAUCUGUAUAGUUUAUUGAUACCUUUCAUGAGCUUGUUCUCUGUUAAUUCCAUGAUGACCCCCACCCCGCUCCCCUUUCUGUCUCUACAAACAUGGUGUCAGUCUGUAAAACAUAACACAACUAUUAUAGGAGACCGUCAAGAGCAUGGUGAAGCAACAUUAGUCUUAAGUUCCUUCAGCUGAAAGUAAAGAGCAUGGCUAGAAAUAACCAUCUGGCUCUUGCAGUAUGUUCAGCAGUAUCGCCAGCUUGCACUGGAAGAACCUACAAGCUGCAUACAUCUUGAUGUCUGUAGCCUGGCUGCCCCAGCUCUAGAAAGAGAAAUGUGGCACCUUUGUGAAUACUCUUACACAGCUGAAUUUGAGCUUGAUUUUUCUCUUUCAACUAAAUAUUUCACUUGUUUUAGUUGUGGAUUGGAAAUAAUUAUUUCCGGAAAACUUUGCUCUACAAGUACAUAAUUGUAUCAUCAUAUUUUAGUGACAAAUAAACAAGAUGGGAUUUCCAAGAGCAUAUACUAUAUGUUUGUGAAUUUUUGUUUUCAGACUGCAAGGGGAAAGAUAUAGACCUUGUUCCUCCCCUUCACAAACAGAGACAAUUGAAAUAAUUAAAAAUGCGUGCUGGCUCCACACAUGCUGGGUGACUUUACUUACUCCUGAUGUUUGAUAGACAAACAUUGUAUCUUUUAAGUGCAUUGUAUAUAUUAAGUAAUGGCAGCACAGGGAAGGGGAAGUGUCAAAACUGGCUUGAUAUCUAUCCAAUACGUUUGACACUUUUACAGAGUUGGUAUCACUGAGUCUUGCCAUCUUUCCAUUCUGCCGUCUGCUUAUUGCAAUUAUGAGCAUUUUAUCAAUGAGAGACAUCUUUGUGGUUCUUCACAAAUGGUACUACCUUUAGGCUUGGCAUGUAGGAAAAAACAGAAUCUGUUCUUAAAAAAAAAAAAUCAUUAGUUGGAUGGACAGAAAUUUAAUGCUCAUCCUAAAAAAAGGCAUCUUCUCAAAUCUGUUCACAUUCUACUUAGGAAGGUGAGUAACAAUGGAAAUACCAAUUUACGGAGAACCAGUUCUUUUGCUGAAGCAACUUAUUGUAGUGUUUUCAAAAUAAUGCAGACUUUCUUUCAUUUGUCCCAUGCUAAUCUUUAAGUGGUAUCUGACACCUUUGUGAAAGAUUUGAUAAUUGGAAAACCUUUAUGUUUGUGAAAUGUGGAGGUUUUGAUGUUUUUACCCUUGAAGAACUAUCCCAAGCAUAUUUAUGUAUUCUUUGAGGUAAUACUAUGAUUUAUGGUAGUUAACCUAGUAUUUCUAUUCAUUAUUCCUCUUCUCCAUAUUUUAGCCAAUUUUCUCAAUAUUUAGCUGGAUUGGGUCAGACUACUUUAUAUGCAGAGCCUGCUUUAUAAUACAGAGAGAAUCGAUAAAAUCUUGUACAAUCUUAAUGAAGCAAACUGUAUUCUGGAAGAACUUCUGGUGUGUAUUGGUCGAGUGAAUCCUCUUGGUAACUGUUAUUUUCAGUUAUUUUCCAUAUUUUUUAAAUAUGUGAAGUAGCAGGAAAGAAAAGGAUAUGCCAUCUUUCUCCUCUUCUUGUUUUGAUUCUAGAGUAAAUCUUUAAGUAUAAAGUCUUGAAUUGGCAUCACUCAGUCAUCAUUCUCUUUGAGAAGCAAGAAGACAAGGCAGCUGUGAUCUGAAGAAAUAAUCUUUUUAAACUGAAGUACUGUUUUUUCAGUAUUAUAAUUGAUGUUGAGAAUUACUGACGAGCUUACACCACUGCACAGCAAUGAACAUAAUAGUAGUCAUCUAAUGCCUUAUAGCCACAGAAAUGACCUAAAAAUGCAAAGUUUUAAAUAUGUAUUUGUGGGUAAUGGUAUCUAUACCCACUGUGAAUCUCUGAAAUGAUUUUCUUUUAUAGAAGUCGUCUAAAUGAUGUUUCUCUAUCCUUUUUUACCAGGAGGAUAGCAUUGUGUUUAAAAUGGAAGUUGACAUAAACGGAGAGUCCAGAACUACCCUAUCCACCCUCCCUGUGCCUCUUGCAGAGGUGAGUCCUGCAGGCAGGAUGGAAGCAGAGAAGCCCCGCUGUUCCAGUACCCCCUGCUCACCAAUGCGACGGACAGUUGCGGGAUAUCAGAUCCUUCACAUGGAUUCUAACUACCUGGUUGGCUUCACGACUGGAGAGGAGCUGCUAAAAUUAGCCCAGAAGUGUACAGGAAGUGAAGAGACUAAAGGGGAAUCCGGGCCGAACAUGCGCUCCAGACAGCUUGAUUCAGGACUUACACGUUCUUCCCGUUUGUACAAAACUAGAAGUAGGUACUAUCAGCCAUAUGAGAUCCCAGCAGUAAAUGGAAGGAGGAGGAGACGGAUGCCUAGCUCAGGGGAUAAAUGCACUAAGGCUUUACCAUAUGAACCUUACAAGGCACUUCAUGGUCCCCUGCCUUUUUGCCUUUUAAAAGGUAAAAGGGCUCAUUCGAAAUCCCUGGACUACCUCAAUUUAGACAAAAUGAGCAUUAAGGAACCUGCUGACACAGAAGUGCUACAAUACCAGCUCCAACACCUUACCCUUAGAGGGGACCGUAUGUUUACAAGAAAUAACACAUGAGCUAUCAACUUGAAUUUAGAACCAAUUUCUGAUUAUUUCUCUGUUGCUGCAAAAAUCCACUGUUGUAGUGUGCACAUGACUGUCCACAUUGUAGGUGGUUGUAUCAGCUAAAUGUUAGCAGGAAGUAAUUUAUUUGAAUAGAAUCUUGGCAAUGCAAUGUGUUACAAAUACUUAGAGGGAGAAAUCUUUCCUGAGCAAGCAGCUUCUGAUGCAAAUUUCACUGCAACUGGUGGAUAUUUCUUUGGACACCUUUAACAAAAAAAUAGCUUUUGAGUUUGGGGGGUGGGAUUUUUUUUUUUUUUUUUUUUGUACAGUUAGAUCUAGUAUUUACAGUAAUUUAACACCAAAAAAUCAGUGACGUCUGCUUGGUUGUUGCUAAUUUUGGCUUGAUGUUAGAAACUGCUCUUGGAUAAGUACUCAAGUUUAGGAGGUUUUUGGUUUUACUUUUUGUUCCUGUAUUCUACAGUAAAAAGUACGUAUUAUUUUUUUACAUCGUGGAGAGGGAAGUGAGCUUGGCUAAACUGGAUCACUUGCUAUUUAAACAAUUCAGUUCAAACAUUUUCAAAUUACGCUUACGCUGGUGAGAUUCACUCAUAAAACAAACCUUUGCUACUUGAAUCCUAUUAAAUUAUUUUUUAGUUUCUGCAUGGAAGUAAUUGUUCUGCCUCCUCUGUUCUAUAAAACUUGUUCAGGAUAAGUAUUUGAGUUAUUAAAAACAAAGCUUUUGGGGAGUGAAGACCUUUUUUUUUUUUUUUUUUUUUGUUAGUGAGAUUUAUUUUUUACAUUGUCUUGACACACAAAUAAGGAUUCACUGCAUAUUCUAGUAAAUACAUAGGAGUGACUGCAUUGGUAUGUCAGUAACGGUUUUGAUUUGAUUUUAAUUCAUUAUUUCUGUAUCAUGUAUAGUAAUGGAAGGUGUCAAAUAACUUCAGCAUUGCUUUGGAAAUUCAGUUGAUUUGAGGCACUAAACACUUGAGGUCUGGAAGACUGAUUUUUUUGAGUGCAAGUGAAGUAUUUCUGUAUCAGCAUUGAAGAGAUGAUCCUGGAUUAUUCAACAGAGUAGUUUGAAUACACUGGCUUACUUUUGUUACUUAAGGAUUUUUUUUAUCCGAACAUGAUAUCAGAUGCAGUUUUGAAAGCUGUAUUCCUAGAUAUAUUUAAAACACUGUAGUAACUUAUGUUUAAAAAUGAAAAAUAGUUUUCAGACUUUUUGGUUUUUUAGGUGCAAUCUCCUACUGAAGCAGUGUGCAGCUUGGUUUCGGCUGAUGACCUCUGCAGAAGAAGUUAAAUAAGAUCACAUUGUUUUGAAACACAUUAUUUGAUCAGUUUUUUCUGGUAGAAUUAAGGGGGUUUUUGUUUGUUUAUUGCACAGAACGAAUAGAAAGCACUAGUUAGUGCAUGCGCUGUGGAAAAUGAAGGGUUCUUCUCAUUCUGUACUUACACCACAGUUGUAAAUGAAGGCAGCCCUGUAGUCUGCAUUUUGCUGGUUUGAUUAUCUUUUUUUUAGGUUUAUUAGAAUCUCUGCAACAAACUGAUGUGUAUUUUUAAAAGUUAACUACACCUGUGUAAAUUUAAUGUAUUGAACAAUGAUAUUGAAAGUAAAAUGUUCCUAUAUAGUCUUUAGUUUGAAAAACAGAAUAUGGUCAGAUGCCAAAGAGAUGGGGGUUUUGUUUAAGGAAUAAACACCACUGUUUAUUGAAAUACCCUAUGACACUGUAUUUCUGGCUGAAAAAUAAAAAGGGUGGUAUAAACA